AUGCUGGAACGGGCUGCCGGAUGCCUUGAGAACGCAGGACGGCGUUUCUUUCGGGAUUCAAAUGGCAUGAUCCGUGGCCCCAAAUCGUUCAAUUCCGGUUCCGGGAAAAAUAACAUUGCGAGCGUCGAAUGUCUUCGCUGGCUUUUGAUCUCCUUGCGAACGAAACUAACGCGACCCUCGAAUGCUUUGGGAGGUAAUUCCAGCUCGGGCACGGUCACGAACGAUGCGCGAUCGCCUUUUCUCGAAUUCUUGUACCCGCCACACGCACAGGAAGUUGUAACGUCUUGUUUACUACGAACUCCCAGAAGACUUCCUCCCCGACGGAGGAAGAAGGCCAUUUCGGGCCUCUCUCGAAACUAUGCGACACAAGCUAUUGGUCUGCGACAGUCCGCUAGCGAAUGCAAGCCGGAGGACGAAACGAUCAAGGAGCUCGGCGAGACGAGCGAAGCACGAAGAAAACUCGGCACUCUUUUGGCCAACGCGAAACUAGGUCAAUAUGAUGAAGCAUGGACGUUGUACGUGGCGCUGGGACAUCCCGAGGAUAUGACAUCGCCUCUUCUGGCCUAUCUUAGUAGCUCGGCGCAUGCCGUCGACUGCAGGAGGGCCAAAAGAUUAUUUGAUGGGAUCUCAGUCGACUCUCGAUCUGCCGAAGACUAUUUACACCUGGCUAGAUCCUAUCAUUCUAAUGAGCUAGCUACGGAGAUGAUUUCAAUCUGCAAGGAAGCCAUUUCCAAGCAUCGUGGUCACAACUGCUGGGCUUUCACACUAGCGAACCUCUUUGCAGCCGCCAAUUGGGAGGCUCUUCAAGAUAUAUGGCAGUCGAAGCCGACAUCCUCCGAGGAUCAGCUCUGGAGCCUCCUUAUGCCUCAACUCUCUGCACCUGACUUUGCGCAGAAUCUGCUCGCUCUAUCUACGUACUUGGAUGGGGGAGAUGCGGAUGUAUCUCUUCGUGGCCUUUCUUCGUUUUUUCUCGCUCAUGUCUUCACCAGUCGAGAUGUAGUUGAAAACAUACCGACCGAGAAUCUCUUGCUUCUUCUGCGAAAGUAUCAUGCACUUGACAUUCUCACACCCCGCAAUUAUCUCGACCUUAUCGAAACUUUCCACUCUUCUGACAUCCGUUCGACAUUCGUCAAGUCCAUCCUUGUGUACCGCAACUUUCGCUGGCAAUUGCAGGGAGAAGUGCCUCCGUCUAAAAUAUUGGGCAAGCUUAUAGAACGGCUUGCCGCGCUGGAAAUAACCGCUGGAGUUCAGUAUUUGCUGGAUGAAUUUACUCAAUUCUACCGAAAACCAUCGAUUUAUGCAUAUAGGAAUGCGUUGCUCGCCUUUUCAAGAGCUGGCGACGUGCAAAAUGUCACUCGUCUUUUUGAUAGGUAUCUUUUGGAUCAUGGCAAACCGUUGAGCCGGAAACUCAUCACUCCAAUUCUAUACGUUCAUGCCAGCGCUGGUGAUGUAAAGUCGACGCUUCAUCAUUUCAAUAGAAUUUCGGAAGAGUUCGGUCUUACGCCAAAUACUAUCUGCUGGAACAUUGUUCUCACUGCGCAUGCCAGAUCGGAUAACUUCAAUGGUGCUUUUGAAACCUUCAAGACAAUGCUAGAAUACCAAAUCGAACCCAACUCGCACACCUUCGGUACGUUGAUGGGAUUGAGUGCCAAUAGGGGCGAUAUCGAAACUGUUCGACAACUGCUUGUUCUCGCCAAGAAGAAACAAGUGCAGAUCACAACCCCGCUCCUUGAUACCGUCGUGGAGGCGUAUUGCAAGAAUAACCGGCUUGACCUGGCUGAGAGCGUUGCAGAGACAUGUCUUGACUUGCGUGUUAAGGGAUCGCGCUUGAGAAUGUGGAACCUGCUGCUUUGGAACCAUGCUUUCCGGCUGAAUCUGGAUGCUAUUUCCAGGAUCCGCUCCCGUAUGGAUGCGAUCGGCCUAGCACCGGAUGAGAUGACUUAUGGCGCCCUCAUGCUCGGCUUGGUGCUCAUAAACCAAACAGAUUCAGCACGCCGAAUCCUGCGGACACUUCACAGAAGCCGUCGCAUUUUUGCGUCUGAAUUCCACUAUACUAUUAUUUUAUAUGGUUAUGUCAAAGCCCGGAAUCGCGACAUGGUGCAUAUCAUCUUCCGCGAGAUCAAAGAGCGUUUCAACAAGCCCGGAUUGAGCUCUCAUCUACUUGUUCUGAGGACCCAGCUCUACCGAGACUUACAGCUUGCGCAGGAUGGAGGUGAAGAGGCCGAUGCUGCCCAAGUUCGUCUGGAAUAUGCCGAAAAGUUCUUGUCGAAAACCCUCGUCGAGUUUGAUCGCACCAAGCUGGCAUCCAAGCAGCCAUUACCCGGUGCAGGAAGCCGAUCGCCCAGUAAUGCAUUCCCUGUUGUGUACUUCGAACAUAUCAUCAAUGCCUACGGAACGAGAGGAGCCUCGAAGAGGGCUCGUGAGCUGUUCGACGAAUAUCUGACUGCCGCCGAUGUCCCGGAGGAAGCAGCGCCAAUUCGACUGAUUUCCGCAUUGAUGCUCGCCCAUCUGAAAGGUGGAGAAUACCAAAAGGUAGAAGAGUGUUGGAACAUGGUUCUCCCUCGUGCCAGACUGUUAGCCAGCCGGUUCAAUGUUGAUGAAUGGCUGUCUACAAAACAGCCCCCUACUGCUGAUGCUACCGAAGUCGGUCCGCCCCAACCGUCUCUGCCGAUCUCCGUACGUAGUGAGCUAGAAGGUGUUCUGCAAUCUGCUACUUCGGAAGCGCCUUGGCCUAGGAAGUCUGCCCUACCCUCAUAUCGGUUCUGGAUAUCUCGGCCGCUUUCAUUAUACAUGCGAUCUUUGGCUUAUCGGAACGAGGCCUGGAAGAUUCCUCAGCUUGCAUCAGACAUCAAGAAGGCAGGCUUUUCUUUGACGACUUUCAAUUGGUCAACCAUGGUACAAAUGCUUGCCUCCUCUGAUAGACCUUCAGACCAGGCCGAAGCGUUUACCAUCUUCGAAACAAAAUUCAUGCCAAACUUUCCUGGCUGGAAGAACCUACGCCGAAGUUAUGGGUUGAAGCCCGAUGGAGUUCCGGACAGUAUUGACUUGAUGGAGAAACCUAAUCGCUCGAAACCUCCCCACGUCCUUGGUAAAGAAGGGCGGCGGUACUGGAGCAAUAUUCAACCGGGCUUUCUACAACCUACUUAUAUCUCUAUGGUGUAUUUGGCUUCAUCCUUGCUUAGAUUUCGCGAGAGGAGUCUCUACGACGGGUCGGCCGAAGUGAAAGCGCUCUAUAGGGAGGCACCGAGAACUAUCAAGGCGAUCGCCAACAUGCCUCUUCUACGUGAUAAAUUCCAGGGAGUGUUGCUUCGACGUCGCCAGGAACGAAGUGACAAGAAGAAUUACGCGAGUGGAUCUCAGCACUUCGUAUGGACUGGUGGUAUCCUUGGAGUAGGGGGUAGACGCCGGGCCAUUCCGCAGCCAGAGAAGGCAGACGAUGACCAAUACGACGAAGAGGGGCUUGAGGAAGACGAGGAGGCCAAUGAAACAGCAGAAACAGGGGAAAUAGCAGGGACUGAGAAAACCGAGAAAGAGAAAGAGGCCGAAGCUCUGGCUUUGCAAUUCGCGCACGUUCGACCUGACCCGGAUAACACCACGGAAGUUGCCGAGGAUUCUUUUAUAAUUGACGAGACGCUCUCAUUUGACAACAACACAUCCGAGCCCCCUGAACAAAUCAUCGACUCUCAGGAUGAGUACGAUAUUGAGACUGAAUCCCUUCUUGAGGCCCGACGCAUCGCCGAUGGAGUGAUCGACGAGGUGUUCGAUGUCGAACAACGUGACAGCCCCGACGAAAACGAUCAACAAGAUGACAAUUCUCCGUCGCUGGAAAAAGAAGAUCAGCCUCCCGAGGGAGAACUGUUUGAAAAGAACGAUGAGGACUCGCGUUAG